UCGCUGCUGGUGGUUGGGGCUCUAGCGAUAAUAAAUGAUAGAGGAUACAAUGACUUUGCUGUCUCUGCUGGGUCGCAUCAUGCGCUACUUCUUGUUGAGACCGGAGACGCUCUUCCUGCUGUGCAUCAGCUUGGCGCUUUGGAGUUACUUCUUCCACACAGACGAGGUAAAGACCAUCGUGAAGUCCAGCCGGGACGCCGUGAAGAUGGUGAAGGGCAAGGUGGCCGAGAUCAUGCAGAACGAUCGGCUCGGGGGUCUUGACGUGCUGGAGGCCGAGUUUUCCAAGACCUGGGAGUUCAAGAGCCACAACGUGGCCGUGUAUUCCAUCCAGGGCCGGAGAGACCACAUGGAGGACCGCUUCGAAGUUCUCACUGACCUAGCCAACAAGACGCACCCGUCCAUCUUCGGGAUCUUCGACGGGCACGGGGGCGAGACUGCAGCCGAAUACGUAAAAUCUCGACUCCCAGAGGCCCUUAAACAACAUCUUCAGGACUACGAGAAAGACAAAGAAAACAGUGUAUUGUCUUACCAGACCAUCCUGGAACAGCAGAUUCUGUCAAUUGACCGAGAAAUGCUAGAAAAAUUGACUGUAUCCUAUGAUGAAGCAGGCACAACGUGUCUGAUCGCUCUGCUCUCCGAGAAGGACCUCACCGUGGCCAAUGUGGGCGACUCUCGCGGGGUCCUAUGUGACAAGGACGGGAACGCCAUUCCUUUGUCUCAUGAUCACAAACCUUACCAACUAAAGGAAAGGAAGAGGAUAAAGAGAGCUGGUGGUUUUAUCAGUUUCAAUGGUUCCUGGAGGGUCCAGGGAAUCCUGGCCAUGUCUCGAUCCCUGGGGGAUUAUCCACUGAAAAAUCUCAACGUGGUCAUCCCGGACCCAGAUAUCCUGACCUUUGACCUGGACAAGCUCCAGCCUGAGUUCAUGAUCUUGGCAUCAGACGGCCUCUGGGAUGCUUUCAGCAAUGAAGAAGCUGUUCGAUUCAUCAAGGAGCGCUUGGAUGAACCUCACUUUGGAGCCAAGAGCAUAGUUCUACAGUCGUUUUACAGAGGCUGCCCCGACAAUAUAACGGUCAUGGUGGUGAAGUUCAGGAAUAGCAGCAAAACGGAAGAGCAGUGAAUCCCUCAGGGUCUCAGCUGCCUGAGACUAAUGGACUUUUCAACACACUGGUCUCUUUUAAUGUAGUGAAAGGUGUGGGAGUUACAGUUAGGCUCAUCCAUCCCAGACUUGGGUUCCCCCCUCCCGGCGGCCUUAGGUCUCCAUGCAGUGAUGCACAGAGGGUGCUCUUGGCCAAUGUAGUUGAGAGGCUGAAAAACGGUUUCUUCACGCUUUCCCAACUCUUCCAUCCAAUGUUCAAGAUAAAUAAUUAUAUAGCUGUAGAUUCACAUGUACAAAGUGAGCGCCAUAUGUGCCAUAUAUUCUCAACCUUUUAGGAUUCUUUUCAUAAUUCCUUACCAGGCCCUCCAGGCAGGAGACUGGGUCCUCUUCUUAGAGCAGGGAGCAGAGCAGGCCAACCAGAGUUGCAGUGAGUCAGGGCCAAGGUGGCCACAGCCUCUGCUGAAGGGCAGAGCUGUCCUGAGCAGGCUUUUCCUCCUGAGCCCAGGUUUCAGCAGCAGCCCAGGAAUAGGCUUGAAGUGGCUUAUUAGUGUGUGGCUGCUUUUGGAGACUGAGGGAAGCGGGGAUGAUGAGAACUGCCUACACAGCAGAAAUAACCUUUUUCCCUUCAUCCCUUUAUUUAAAGCAAAGUUAAAUAGACUUUGUUACCCCCUGACCAGUCCUUGUACAUUUUAUCCUACUUGUGCAUGCCCUUAACCUUUUGCUUACACCCUACUUUACAUAAUAGGCAGCUGUUCUACUUCACCACUAAAUACUGCAAUUUUUUGUCUCAUGUUACCAAGAAACCUCUUAGGGGAAAUGAAAAAGGCAAAUCACCAUACCAUAAUUCUUUCCAUCUUCAAGAGUCAAUAGAGGAAAAUAAUGGAUGACUAAGUCACAGUGCCCUUGGGAAGGCUGCUGUUUGCACUAGGAGAGGAAGCUGGUGAGGUCACCACCCUGAACGGAGCUCUGGCUGCCAGUUUUUGUGCGGGUAUUUUUUUUCUCUCCUAUCCGAGUAGCUUUCAAGGGUCUUUUGAGCAGUGCUCUGAGAAGCAGCAGCCUAGAACUGCAUGUGUGUUCCAUGAUGCCGAGUACACAGCUCCCAGAGUAGUCUGGAAUUUGGUGGUGAACUCCUGGGAGCUGCUUCUCCUUGACAAUGGAAAGGCAACAGCUUAACUAACAGUCUGUUUGCAAAUCACCCUCCACACUGGGUUGCUCUCACAGGCAGAAUCCCACUGCCUCAUGUUGCCCCGCAUUCAGUGGCAGCCAAGCUGGUUGGGAAUUCAAGCUCUAAGCAGCCCAGAGUUAUUUUGGGGUCAGGCUUGCUGUUCUCCAUUUCCUAUCACCAAUGUCACAUUUCCUAUUGCCAUAUUUUAUAAGUUAAUUGACAGAAAAUGUUGGGACAUCCUGUUUGCCUGACUGAGGUGGCUCCAACAGCCAAACAAGAUUGUCGUUGCAUUCCCCCCACCCUGUGUCUGAAAUGCCAGGGUGUCCACCUGGUGUUAUCCGUCCCCAGUGGGCACUUAUCAAUAGAGCUUCUGUAAGGCCCCAUUUGCUGAGCACCUCCCGCCCACAGUGCCCUUCCCCGCCCCUUCUUCAGCUGGGAACGUUCCUGACGCAGGUGCCAGGAGAGAACUCGGGAGGAUAAAAAGAUUCCCCCGCGGUGGCCAGGGACUACACUCUGUCUCGGUUCCUCCAGGCACUUGCCUUUCUUUGAGUGCAGUGAGAAUUAAUAAUAGUUUCCCAAGACAUUUGCUUACUUUUGUAAACUGUAACAUUAGAAUGUACAGUAUUAGAAUUAGAACUUUGGUUAUUUUUUGUAGUUAUAGGUGUUCUAGGAAAAAAGUAUCUGCCAGCAUUUUAGAUUCAAGUAUUUGCCCAUUGAGAGACACCGAACAUUUGGAUGUGUGUCUUUGGGGUGGGGGUUGGGAGAGGAAUGUGGGAAACAUGCUGGCUGUGAGCAGUGACAGGAUGGACAGGCCAGAUGGCCUGAGCUUCCUUAAAGACCCACGACAUCCUCAUUCUGGAGUUACAAAAGCCCACCAUCUAACUGAAGUUCAGGAAUAAGCAGUUUCAGCAUUUUACACUACACAGUUAACUUUCCUUUUUUAUUUUUAACUUAAUCCCAAAAUUUGUAAUGAGGGAAAGAUUUUUUAAUUCCAUGAACAUUGUUAUUGUAUAAAUGAAAAUAGUAAUAUUUUGGUGAAGAUGAGAAAGAAAAGCUACCGUAUUAGUUAAUGUUUAUUUACCCUGCAUAAUGUCUUACUAGAUGGUGCUGAGUGCCCAAGUGCAUGACUUGCCCUCUAAUUGACGUUCACAAGACAUCUUCUAAAUUUUGCUUUGUAGAAUUAAUUCAUUUCUGACUUUAACCACAUAGUGCAUGUAUUCCCUGUUCCCUUUCUGCCUCUUUUCCUACCACUUUGGCUUGUAGAUCUUUAAAAGAUAGAAGCACUAAGCAAAAUAGUAGCAGCUUGACUAUUAGUCACGUCUAAAAUCAGAGUACUUUGCUCCCUUGCCCUGUUCUGGAUGGAGCUCUCUUGCGGACCCUUGUCAGCAGUUGAGGCUCUGCAGACAUCACCCCCAGUGUGCCCUGAGGCUCACUGGCCACUCCCAUUUUCCAGGGACAAGGGAAGGUUGAAUCUAGCCAUCAGAGAAAUCUGACUUGAGAAGUUUGCAUGUGAAUCUUCCCUAAACAGCACUGCCAAAGCUUUGGAAUUGUCACCCGAGGCUGCCCAGACUCCCUAGCCUGAGUUCGAAUUGCCAAUAGCCCCCAUGGUGCCAAAUUUUGGAAUGGUUUUACUGGCUUAGAAAUGAAGCUGGGUAUGAAUGACCUUGUGCUUACGAGCCCCCAGCAAAAUGCCAAGCCCAGGUCCUCAUUUCACGCACUGCUCUGCUGCUGCUCCACUGGCAAUUUAUACUCUUAAAAUGGUAUGGGAAUUGCGGUGGGGGGAGGGACAAGGCAGGGAAAGUUUUAAAAAAAAUCAUUCUACUUGCAAUUCUCUAAUCUAAGGAAUGAACAAUACUCUGUACAAAGCUCCAGAGCUAGUCCCCAAGACCUCCACUUAUUUUGUGUGACCACCUUGCCCAAGGCCCUUAACUCUGAAGGCCCUGUUCUGAUCCAACAUGACCUCACCCAUAUGUACAUGUUACUGAUAACCAGUGGUUACAUCCUAUUCCUUGUCUUAGAUUGAAGGUCUUGGCCUCUUGAAUCUUGCCUAUGUAAUAAGAGUGUUACAGAGAGUUUUUAGAGAGUAAAGGAGCAAACACAAAUCUGCAUAAUUUAAAACAGGCUUUACUUCAUAGGACUGUAAUGAUUUCAACUAACAUUUUGUGCGAACAGGAUAGCAUGAGAGCGAUGGCAUCAUCAUUUCAAUCCUAUCUGAAGUAAUUCUGGAAAAUUGAUCACACUAUUGAAUCAGAUCACUGAGCUACCUGGCAAUACAUGAGAAAUUUAUCAUAAGAGGAGUAAUCACUUUUUCCUUUGCCAGGUGUAAUUUGAUUUUCUUUUUUUCCUUCCUGUGAGUUGUUGCCAGAUCUCUCUUGCAACUGUGUCAGUCAGGUUUAGAAAGGCAACAUUUCAUUGUAUAUCUCAAGUAUAAGAAUACAUACUCUGGAUAAAGGUUUAUUUACCAAUGACUUCAGAAAUUUUUCCCUCCUUUUGUCCCAUCAUUAGACUUAUUUUCCCUUAAUUAUCUCCCAGAUUGCCUUAGCUCAUCACACCAGCAUUCCUGACCCAGCUCUAUGGAAAUGAUACCAGCUGGGGCCAGCUGGGGCCCAUUUAACUGCCUCUGGAUUAAGAUAGUGAUAUCCAGCCUUUUAAAUUGGUUAGCAGAACACUGAAGGAGUAACAGAAUCCAGUGUUUCCCAAGUAUGUUCCACAGAACACAAGUUCCAAAGAUACUCAUUGAAAUAUGGGGUUCAGAUGAGUUUGAGAAACAUACCAACUUAGAAAGUCAGUGCAUAUAAGCACAUCCAGGGUUCCAAUAAAUAUGUCCUAUAGGGAGGAAAAACACAUCACAAAUGUAAUUUCAGUUAGCUCAGUGUUUUCCAGAUUAGAUUGACCACAGAAACAUUUAUGAGUAACACCUAGUAAUAUUCCAAGGAACUCAUGUUCCGUAAGACCCAUUUGGGAAAAUUCUGGUAUAUGGAAAUAUGACUGUUUUCUCAUUCACUAUGACUCUUAGAAGUAUCCAUACAAUUUGCCAUUUAGAAACACAAUCCUUUCACAUUUGAGGCCGACUGGUUAAUGAAAGCAGUGUUGCCAAGUAGUAUGAUUUAAUAUGACCGUCAGCAGCCUCACACUGAUAGCAGAAGACUAACAACCCUACUCGAUGCUCUAAACAUCAUCUCCCUUAUUUUAUGUGAAUAAUAAGCAAGAGCCUUGCCAUAGCUAGGAAAUUCUCAAAUUCAUUCUAAGAGCUUUUGGUUGCUUUUGUGAAGUUAUCUUUGCUUUCCAGAUUGAAUCAAAAUAAGUAUUUUUACAUUUCAUCACUAUGUGAGGGUAAAAAAAAAAAUUGAGAACAGAAAAGGGGAAAAGGGAUAUGUGGUUUUAAUUCAUUUUUAAAAUCUUAACAUUUUAAAAAUUAUCUGACAGUGAAAAUGUAAUCUAUUAACACUGUCUUCUGUUGCUCUUUCCAGAUUCAAUGAAGCAAUCUGCCUAUCAAUCAAAGUCCAUUCGUUCUAAAAUCUCUGUCCUAUGUUGUCCCACCUUUCACAUUUUAUAUAUAGGAUUAAGUGUGGCAGGUCCUCUCUUGCCAAAGAUGUAAGGUUUGACUGUAGCUCCAUUAUCAUCACACUCAGCCUGGGUAAUGUGUUUAGGAAGCUUGAGAGAUCAUCCCAAAAUAGCGAAUGAAACAAAUAUUGUCAAAAACAUGGUACAAAGUGAAUUUAGGGUAAGAUCAUUAAUUUAAAAUGACCCUGAUAUUUAGGAAUAACACCUGCCCUCUGGACAUUAUCCAAUAUAGCAAAAAAACAAAAGUGAAGUCACUUAGGCUAGGUGGUGGAUUGUGAAGGGGCAUGUGACAGUGACACUAUAAGGCUUCCAUUAAGUAUGCGCUUCUAAACAUGUUUCCUAAUGUGUAAACUUUUUUGCUAAUACUUAAUAAUGUUGAUGCUUUGCCCAUUAUUUUUUUAUUUUUACCACUGUUAUGCUACAAACUGUUUAAUGAAGGGUUGAUUAUGGUAAUUUUUAUGUGUUUAGUAAUAACCACACCAUCAUUUGUACAAUCACUUUAAUAAAUCCAAGUAAGGACUUUGAAGAGA